AUGUUUACCCCCUAUGGCCCAGCACAAACAAUGAAUGGCCCAUUAUAUAAACAAGGCGAAAUUUGUGGAAAUUGUGCCAAUAAUAAUUGUGAUAAAGGAAGUGGUUUAUGCAUUCCUAAAGUCAAUAAGCUUAUUAUAGAUUAA